AUACGAGCAUGUCAGCUUUUUAUUAACGGUGGCAGGUCUGAAUCGGUUACCAUUUCAGGCGGUAAAACGCCACCGGUCUUCUUUUCAGUCUCUACUGUAUUAUUUAUUGACAACUAUUGGAGUCACAAAGGACUGAGAGCAAGCGAUAAGACGCAGCAGCGGACAAAUGUAAAUCCCGAUGUCUGAUGGUCCGAGUGAAUCACUCGGGUCAGUCUCGAGCUUGGGCGGCUUCUUGCUGCGAGGCAGCGCUACAGCAGAAACGGCAGGCGAGUGGCAUCCGUCGGACGAUCACUUCCUUCACUUUCGGUGGAGUUACGUCUUUCGUGUGACGGGCUGCAGGACAGUACGAAGAAAAUAAAACUGCGGAUCUAAACAGCCUUCGAUUUCUUCAUCGUUACUUUCAAGAGAUUAAAAGAAGAAAAGGGACUUCUUUAAAAUGAAUGGCAUUCAGUCACUACAUUGGAACAUUACACAAGAGUCUUUCAAUAUCUCCUGGAAUUCGGAUGAUGAUUUUUAUGAACUUGACAUUAUGGUCGAGACUGUGAUCCUUCCUUCUCUUAUUGGAGUCAUCUGCUCAACUGGAUUUGUUGGAAAUAUCUUCAUUUUGCUGACUGUCUUAAGGUCUGCAAAGAAGACCAUCCCAGAUGUAUAUAUUUGUAACUUGGCGGUUGCUGACCUAGUUCAUGUUAUUGGAAUGCCAUUCUUGAUUCACCAAUGGGCACGAAGAGGAGAGUGGGUUUUUGGAAGUCCCCUUUGUACCAUCAUUACAUCACUAGACACAUGCAACCAGUUUGCAUGUAGUGCAAUCAUGACUGCCAUGAGCUUGGACAGGUAUCUUGCACUUGUGCAUCCUUUUCGUCUGACAAGCCUCAGAACGAGGUCAAAGACCAUAAGAGUUAAUCUGUGUCUUUGGGCCUUCUCUUUCAUCCUAGUUCUACCUGUGUGGGUCUACUCUAAAGUCAUUAAAUUCAAAGAUGGCUUUGAAAGUUGUGCAUUUGAUUUAGCUUCACCUUAUGAGGUUCUUUGGUAUACAUUGUACUUGACCAUUACUUCUUUCUUUUUUCCACUUCCUCUUAUUCUGCUCUGUUACAUCUCCAUACUUUGCUAUACCUGGAAGAUUUAUAAACAGAACAAGAAAGCUCAAAGGUACAGUACAACCAUUCCACGUGAGAGAGUAAUGCGUUUGACUAAAAUGGUCCUGAUACUGGUGGGCGUUUUUCUUUUGAGCAUAGCACCCUAUCAUGUGAUUCAGCUGGUAAACCUGCAGAUGAUAAAGCCAACACUUACAUACCACGUGUGUUAUUACAUUUCCAUCUGCCUCAGCUAUGCUAGCAGCAGUAUUAAUCCUUUCCUUUACAUAUUUUUGAGUGGAAAUUUCCGCAAAAGACUUACAAAUUGCACUAAUAUACGGAAGAAGAAGAAUGAGAGGGAACCUAAUAAUAUUGAAAGUACCCUAAAGUCAAGUUUUUAGAAAUUUGAUGAACAUUAAAUCAAGAUCUUCAAUAUGUAAACAAAGGCUAAAUACAAAAAUAAUAAGCUACUUCUCAAAAGAUCUCUACAGAUAUUAUAUUUGACAAGAAGUAUUAAAGGAAAUGUCAUAAAAUUUUCCUUUGUAAAAGAUGUUUAAAGGGGUGGAACAAAUAAGAACCUGGGGUUCAGCACUCAACCCUGGAUGUCUGCAUAUUCUCUCUGUUUCCACUGGGUAUUCAUGUUGUCUCUCACAUUUCAAACACUUGCCAACUCUGUCAACUCUAAAUUGAUGUGGUACGAAUCACUCAUAGGUUAAUGUGCAUAUCUGUCUGUGCUUUAUGAUUGACUGUUGUCUAAUCCACGAUUUGCUCCUACCUUAAAACCAAGGCUUUUUGGCGAGACUGUGGUACACUAUGGUCCUGUAAUGGACUAAACAGGUUGAAAUGGAGAAAACAUUUUAAAAGCAAAACUUUUACUCAUACUAUUGAGAAUACUUUACAGUUUAAUUAAUGUGUUAACAUUAAAUUCAUUUUGUUCAUAUAUGUGCCAAAUUUCCCCGGGUCUAUCUUUAUAGAAUUUAUUUUUGCACUUUUCACAACAC